UUAGUGUUCUGGAAAUGCCUCACUACAUUUCAACUCCAUGUCUUUGGUAUUUGGUCUGUAGAACUGUAACUGCUGCACUAGUUUAGUGUAGCUUCUGGGUUUAGGAUCUGGGGAGUUGAAAAUCUUCCAUAGUUUCUUUUCUUUAGAUCCUUGUGCUCUUGGUUUCUUUUUCUCCAAGUAAGACCAUGGAUACUUGUAGAAGUAGAAAUAUGCUCAUGGGGUCUUGAAUGGUGCAGGGGUAGCUUGACAAUGUCUUUCCACACCCAAAAUCGUCCAACUCUGCUUCUCGGUGUUCUAAGCGAAAAUCGAACACAGAACAGAACCAAAUCAGGCUCAUCUGUAGCUGUACAUGUAUCCUCAGUUCUACAAACUAAUGGAAAAGGUGGAAAUGGGAAUGGGAAUCUGUCUGAUCAACCCAAGAAAGGUAUGGCUCUAAAAAAGCGACAAGUCUCCAAGUUUGUGCUUAGCCAACCAAACACUGUGGGCAUCAUUGGAGGAGUGUCUGUAUAUUCUAGCCUACUUUUCUUGGAGAAGCUUGUUUGGUGGAGUUUGAAAGAUGGGGGUGAAUGCCCACCUUUUGUUGUGUGCAGUGAUACAGCACAAUAUAAGGAGCUUCCUAUUCGCAGUUUGUUUCAAUCACUCAAGAGAAAAGCAACUAAGGCCAAAUACUCGAGCAAAAAUCGGGCCAUCAUCGACAGCUUGUGCCAAAAAAGAGCAUUCCUAGAGAAUUCUGGAGCUAGAUGCAUAGUCAUGCCAUGCCAUCUGUCUCAUGCUUGGCAUGAACAGAUUUCUCAGGACUGUUCUUUGAGGUUUCUUCAUAUUGGUGAGUGUGUUGCUAGAGAACUCAGAGAAGCAAAGAUGAAGCCACUUGAAGCUGGGAGUAAUGUGAGGAUUGGGGUGCUUGGUGCUGAAGCAACUUUAACAGCUGGUUUUUACCAACAGAAGCUAAGUAUUCAGGGCUUUGAGGUUGUUGUACCAGACAAAGCAACCAUGGAACAUGUUGUGACUCCUGCAAUUGAGGCAUUGAAGAGAAGAGACAUGGAAGGGGCACGGAAUCUGUUAAGAAUCUCGGUGCAGGUUCUGUUGGUGAGGGGGGUGAACAUUGUCAUCAUCGCUUCUGAUGAAUUGCAGGGUGUUCUGCCUCGUGAUGAUCCACUUCUUAAGAAAUGUAUUGAUCCCAUGGAUGCUUUGGCUAGGUCAACCAUCAAAUGGGCAAAGGCCACAGGAAAUGGUGGAUAAAUAGAGCUCAAGAACCAGCAGACC